GCACCUCUGUACCUGUUCCUGGAGCUGCAAGGAUGCUGUUUCGAAACAGCGCAAUCAAAGCAGAGGAAGACAUAAAAGACAUCGAGUUGCUGUCUUCCACGCUAGCUUCCUCUCGCCUUUUGCUGCGCUCCGCAAGAAAGUCCAAGUCUUCUAAUGAAGCUACAUGAACAGGAACGAUCUGGUCUGUACUGACUUGAGUUCAAGGAUCUUUUUGUCGUUCACUGUCGAGGAACGCCACAGCGUUGCAGUUCCACAUGAUGGAUGACCUACUGUUUUUGAUCGAAGGCUAACACAACUUUUUCAGGCUUGGUGGAUUUCUGAAGGUCAUUUCCACUUUUUUCAAAGUUGUAUUGUAACGAGUAAAAUUCACAUCUUGCAAGUUGCUUUUUUCAUUUCCCCUCUGAGUCUGAAUUUAUUGCAUCAUUUCCCUGCGUACUACACACAGGAGCCUCGCUUAGUUUAUUCUGGUAGUUUUGAUACUAUUUUCUGGUCGUUGCGCUAGUAUUGGCAAUAUCGACUCAGAAUGCAGCUGUUCGCGAAGAAGGAGAACGAGCGCACGAUGCGCUUGCUGGCGCUGGCGUAUCCUGAGUAAAAACGUACCCACACCAGAGUCAAGUUGGCAAAUCUGCUAGACAAAUCACACAGCUUUGGUCGUUUGGCAUGACAAGUUUGUCCUCGUAGUGUAAUCCUGUUUCGCUAGCUCAGAAGCAUUACAGAUCUAGCCUACCAUGCUGAUUCUAGCAUCACAAAUUCCAAAACACGAAUAGAAAAUGCUUCUCAUAGGGCUCCGCAUGAGAAACUUUUUUGGCAUGCAGAAUUGCAUGACAACUCUGGGGUGGGUACGUUUUUACAUAGGAUAUGGCGAAAAUUUCGGACAUCGAUGUGGAAGUAAUCGACGACCAAAGCACGAGCAAUGAUAUGUUCGGCAAAAUACCUGUUUUGGACACCGGCAAGGGAUGCAUCUUCGCGUCGAACGCAAUCGGACGCUACCUGGCCCGCAUCAGACCUGAUAUCGGAUUGUACGGAGUUUUUUUUGAAAUUUUAUGCCGGAAAAUGUCUUCUGUUCAAUGCGAAACGUGUCUGUAUGUAGAUGCACUUCUAGGGAAUCCAUGAUAAACACUCAACAACCGAAGACGAACUGCGUGCAACAAUACAGGUAUGGGCAAAACUUUAUCGAGGGUGGCGAAGUUGACAGUUGGAUUGAAUAUUCAACGCACGAGCUCGAGACGCCGAUGUGUGCCUGGGCCUUUCCGAUAAAAAAGAUCUUUCCGGUACUUUUCAAUCACUUUUCUGAUGGCACCACUCGUUUUUGGAUGUGCUGCGCCAUGCGUAAGUAUGUAAAUCAAUAUCAAUCUGAUUCCGAUUCGGUUUCGGUUUGGGAGCGAGAAACAAAUGGAACAACGAUUGCAGACAUCGACAAACACCGAUGCCUAAAACAGGAAGUGACUCAAGCGACAGCUCGGGCAAAGUUGGACGUGGCGACCUGCUUGGAAGUGUUGAACAAGCACUUGUUGCAUCGCACUUUUAUGGUUGGGGAGAAGCUCACCUUCGCCGACAUCCACAUUGCCUCCGUCCUGUGGGACGCCGUAGAAAAUCUCAACAUCCUUGGGGAGGUCAUGAAACCGCUCGACCACUUGAGAAGAUGGUAAAAAAACGCAAUUUCUUGUAUUUAGCCUUGUGAGGCAUUCUGAAGAGCAUUUUUCUUUAUUGCAUAUGACGGUGUAGAUUUUGCAUGAGAGCGGGGCUCCUCGCUCGCUUCUCGGACUAGAAGGCUACCUUCGUGAUUUGAUAUCUUUAUCUUCAGGUACAAUUUGAUUACGGUACAGCCGGGAUUCAAGGCCGUAUUCAACAGCGGUGGAAAAGCGAAACCCGCAGCAGAACCAAAAGCUGCAAAGGGAGCAGGAAAGAAGGAGCAGCAGGGAAAGGCCGCCGCGUCAAAACCAGCUGCCAAACCGAAGGCGGAACCCAAGGCUAAGCAGCAACCAAAAGCCAAGGCAGAAGCAGCAAAGAAGGAAGCACCUGCUGGCCCGACGCCGGAGCAAAUCAAGAAGAAGGUAAGUACCGAUACGCACUUCUGUGAUGAAAGAAACUAAAAAAGAGAAAGAGUAAGAUAAGAAGUAGCACAUUCUCUGGUACGUUCGUGUUGUAGAUUCAUUCCCGAGGAGAUAUGCCCCGCUUAGAUGUCUGCGUGUACUAUUCCGUAUUUCCAUUGCUCUUCAGGUUUUGAAAGAGGGCGGCAAGCGCGGCGUAGAAAUCGAGGGUGUGUCGGACAUGGGCGGCCUCAACUUUUUCUGUACAGAAAAUGAUUGUCUUCUUACUUUGAUUGUAUUUUGGAUUUUUGAUUCCCUUUUCCCAGAAGAACCAAAAUAGAAUUUUGACAAGCAAGCGACCGGCGUACAACUACACAUAUUUUUCUCAGGUACCUCCGUCGAUUGCCCCGCAGGGGACCUGGACUAUACCGAGAUGUCCGUCGACGCGAUGAAUGCUAAGUCCGACCCCAGCGAAGAGGAGCGAAAAGGUGGCUCUGGCCACGUCGGAAAGAUGAUUUUCUCCUCGGAUACGGACCUCGCUUGCGUCGCCUACGUACCCGAGAAACUGCAAGGUAUCUUUUUCGCGAGGAUUUUGAGCGUUUUAUUUCACCUCGGUUGUGAGGACUUCGUGCAAGAAAAGCAGGGGAAGUGUUUGUGUUUCUUUAUCGACGAAAAAUCGAACGGGUGUUGUAGUCCACCAGUGUCAAAAAUUUAAGCAGGAGGUAAAAUCUUCGUAAAUUUUUUCAGAUAAAACCACUGCCGACGUGUGGAUGCAGGCGAUGCUGAAGGAAAUGGGGGAGAGCAGCUGCUACCUGAAGGACCGGUCUACGAAGACCAAGGCGUUUGCGCUGUUGAAGGGAGACCCGGACAAGGGUCGGUUUGGCAUCAAGCUGAAGGACGUCGCUAUUGAGAAGGCAAAUGCCUACCUGCGAACCAAUGGCCUGUUUCCGGACGACGAGUCAGAUGACGAAGAGAUGGUCUUCGGAGACGAUGACUUCCCGAGUUAA